AUGGCAUCAAAAAAUAGCUGUCCAGGGUGCACAGACGAGAGUGACUCCGAGGAAGAGGGGAAAGAUCACAUCCAAGUCAUACAAUGUCCAUAUUCGCCCUCCACAAUAGAACCUGAAUACGAAGAAACCCAAAAUAAAGUAUGUUGCAUGCGCAAUGCUGACGCAAAGGAACAAGACCAACCCCCACCAGGGUUCACAGCCCGAAUAUCUGUAAACAUAGGCAACCAAGCAUGUGAUAAAACUGGGGUAUGCUCCUCAAAUCAACUUCCCAGACAGGGGAAAUCCAAUACUAAUUUACAGCAAACCAAACUUAAUUUGGUAGCACAGAACGACACGCAUCAAUGUCCCCCCGGUUCUUGCUGUGCCAACGACGGCACCGAACAUCCAUCUAAACCAAAUCAGUCCAUGCAAGGCUCCAAGAAGUUAUCCUCCCAGGGCGUUAUACAUCGCAAACAGGAUAUCAGUUUAACAAAGAAAUCUAGCCAACGAAAUAUCUCUAAUGAGGUCACGUCACUCAUUAAUAUAAAUGCUGCUCAAAACGUCACCGCAGACGCAGAAGCACCAUGCUGCGCGAACGCAUACACAAAAUUGAAACCAGAACCGCCAUUACCACCAAAAGGCAUAAGCGCGACCUCUCGACCAGGUUAUAUAGUGAAUAAGGAAACACCAGACCAUGACCAUGUUCCACAGACCUCCCAGUGCAUGGCUGGUGGGUCUGGCUGCAUGCAUGGCAUAGCCAGCAUUAUGGGCCAAAACCCAGUUACUUCCACUGUCAAAGAUCAGUCCAGGGAUAGAAACAGUACAUGUUGCUGUAAAGGGGGCAAGAGCAAAACCAUUACUCGAUUGGAAGAAGGUACGAUUUGCGAUUCUGUGAAGUGCUUAGCUAAUCAUAAGAAGGACUGUCCCUGCAUAUAUCCACCUGGUUACAGUCAAUUUACUUGCGCUGGGAAUAUAACGGGAAAUUGCAAAUGCGGACAACUCCGAUAA